AUGGCACCCCGAAGCCGGCCACGGUCUGCCAGCAGGAAGAACGCGCCUCUUUCUCCUCCUAAGGCUCCUUCGCCCGCGGUCGCCGCUGACGCGUCAGUUCAAAACAAACGGAGAACGCGAUCAGCAAGCCACAAUAUCACCGCAGCACAACGAGAGUUGCAAAACGUCACGACCAUCCUGCCGGCCGUCAACGAGGGUGAAGAAGUACUGCGCCCAACCGAAUCCCUUUCUUCACAUGAUGCAAGGUCCGGGAGCUCAUCCCUGCAGGAAGUCCUCGAUGCCCUGGAUCGGGAUGCGAUCAUCGACAAUCUCUCCGGAUUGUACCAUGACUCAACCAGCCUCAUGUCGUUGCUUGAGGUCAUCAGUGAUGAACAGCUGCGCGAGAUGUGCAAGACUUCUGCCCAGCCGGCCUCUCGACUCCACAAACGCUUCCACGCCCAGGCGAAACGCUUCUUGCUGACACGCGAGAAUUAUGGCAUCACUCACGAUGGGACGAAUCUCGACUUUAUCCAGCCAGACCUCAUUCUUCGCAAGAUUCUGGGCGUGGGCGGAACCGAAGCGAUACCUAACGGCGCUUGGCGACCGGAUCCUGUCCUCCACCUUGCAAAUCUCGCAUUGCAAGUUGUCAGCGUAUUAAAUCCAUCUGUCGAAUUGCGGCGCUCCUACCUUGAGGAUAUGUUCACCAAUUUCCCGAAACAGUUCAUUGAUCUUCAUUACUUGCAACCUAGUCUUGAAGCUUACCACGAUGUGUGCGACUUACUGGUGGAAGUGCUCACCCAAGUCUACCUCCAGAAGCUCGAAUUCGAACAUGGCGACCCUGAAUAUCAUCCAGAGAACAUCCUCGAUGCUGUCUUUUUGAACGAGUUUGGCGAGUUGAAGGGCUCUUCCGACCGAGCCAGCUGGUUGAAGGUCAUGGACCGUUACGAGUUUAUCAGAGCAUACUUCCUUGGGGUUCCUGCCGACGACCCCGAAUCCAGUGGCCUCACGGACAGCCUCAAGGACGGCCUGAAGGACGGCCUCAAGGACCAUUUCCCUUGGUCAGAUUUCGUGGUCAAGGCCGUUAGAUGGACCCUGGCUGUGGGGAAGGAGCUGGAGGGAAUUGUUGACGCGAGAGGGGGUAUAGACAAGCUCAUUGACCUUCUUGACGCUGGCGAUAUCACUGGCGAUCCAAUCCAGGUUGACCCGGAGCCAACCGAGGAGGAUGAUGGUAUGGAACGGAAUUCUGAGGAUCGAGGUGGGCACAGAGGUCUGGCGCAAGGUGGUGCUCAGGAAGAUGCAGGCGCUACGACUACGCGCGUGAACAACCAGAAACCCAGGAACCAAGGGAACGGCCUCGAGACCAAGGAUCUGGGAAGUGCAGGCAUCGGGCCGACGGCCGCCGCACAGGUCUCAGUGGUUGAACCAACGUCAACUCUCAAGUCUAACUUGGAAAGACUGAAAGCCCUCAAAGCCCAGUAUGCGCCUCAAGCAUCUGAUGCGGACGCAGAUGCAGACACCAGGAGUGACUCAAUUUCCGAGCCUGAAGUCCCUCAGUCUCCAACACCGGCGGGUCCUAGUGACCACGAGGUCGCGGGUAUCGGCGAGGAAGAGCUUCCCGCCACGGGAGAAGGUGCUGAUUGGAUACAAGAUGAUGAAGACGAUGAAGAUCUACUUCCAACUCAGCAGACCAAAGAAUUACUGGAAACCCUUCAUCGACAGACGCAGCAGAGCAACAAGGAAAAUGUGCAAGGGACGAUGAAGAAGCCAUCCUUCCUGGAUCGACAAGAAGGUGCAGAGAGACUCGAGUGGGAUGAUGAAUUCCCUGAUGACGGGGAGAUCUCCCCACCCAGCCGGCCAUCUCCAAAGCGUACAAGACAGCAAGUUGAGUCUGAAUCCGGCGAAGACGAAUUUGAGACGGACACAAGAAACGCGAAGAGACCCCGGAUAGUUGCCGUGAAGAGCGUGGUAGGCCCUUCAACUCGGUCACGACCCCAAGACUCACAGGAUGAUGAAGAGGGACAGGAGGGUAACUAUAGGAAGCGAGCGCAACCUUUGCUCUCUCGCCUGCCCGCCCGCCGAGAACGUAUGGCAUCCUCGGAACCGACCCGAGCCACCAUCGUAUCCUUAUCCCAGCCGGAACGGUCAACCAACCACAGAUCCUCCUCAAGUCGAGCGCCUCUCCGAACGAUCCGUUCAGGAAGCCCAGACCUACCAUCUUCGAGCGCACCAGCUCCUAGAUCUGACCGAGCAACUCGUGUCUUGUCAGAUGCCUCUGCCCCAGGUCGAGGAGACCUUCCCCCGUCACGCCAAGGCGGGGCCACUGCCCAUCUCCCCUCUGCAUCACAGAUGCCCCCCAGCACGCAAACCCAACAAGUCAAUCAAUUAGCAAAAGACAUGGUCCGAAUGGCACGUGAAAUGCACCAGAACAGGCGACCGGCACAGAUACGCAGACCCUACACCGCAGAGGAAGUCGACCGGCUGCUGGAUAUGAUCGCCCUGUACGGGACCAAGUGGGCGAGAAUCCUCAGGGAAGACAGCGUCCACCCAGACGGGCCAAUGCUGCAGGGCAGAAGCCAGGUGCAGCUGAAGGACAAGGCGCGGAACAUCAAGUUGGACAUGCUGAAGGCAGGGACUCCCCUCCCGGACGGAUUCGAGUUCGUCAGCGUCGGCAACAAGAAGAUCGAGGAGCUCAGGCUGCUCGGCAUCGAUUACUUCGAGGGCACGGAUGCGGCGCGGUAUACUGGGCGCGGAGAAAACUAUGACGACGACGUCAACGACGACGAUCUUGACAACUGA